AUGGCAAAAGCAGAUCACCGCUUUGGACAAAGAGAUGGCUCCGACCAGAACUUUGACUACAUGUUCAAGCUCCUCAUUAUAGGCAACAGCAGUGUGGGAAAAACCAGCUUUCUGUUCCGAUAUGCAGACGACUCAUUCAGUAACUCGUUUGUCAGCACUGUUGGGAUUGACUUCAAAGUAAAAACAGUUUACCGUAAUGACAAGAGGGUCAAACUCCAAAUCUGGGAUACAGCAGGUCAAGAACGUUACAGGACCAUCACCACAGCUUACUACAGAGGAGCAAUGGGCUUUAUUCUCAUGUAUGACAUCACCAAUGAGGAGUCAUUUAAUGCAGUACAGGAUUGGGCAACCCAGAUUAAGACCUACUCUUGGGACAAUGCUCAGGUUAUUUUAGUGGGAAAUAAAUGUGACAUGGCUGAUGAGAGAGUGAUACCUGUGGAGAAAGGCAAGCACUUGGCUGAUCAACUAGGCUUUGAGUACUAUGAGGCAAGCGCCAAGGAGAACAUCAACGUUAAGCAGGUGUUUGAGCGCCUGGUGGACAUCAUCUGUGUGAAGAUGUCUGAGCGAGUGGACACAGACCCGUCCAUGGUCAGUGGAGCCAAGACCACUCGGCUUAGUGAUAAGCCGACGCAGCUACCUCAGAAUUGCUGCUGA